GGAACGAAGUAUCUGCGAAGCUCGAAGGCGAGCUAUCCCCUUCGCAUGCUUUGACUUUCCGACAUAAUGCAGUUGGUGGUAGUUCCAAUCCCUCACUCUUCUCUACUUAGUCACAUUCGCAUUCCGAUGUGCUGUUUUUCCUUUUUGGGAAGAAAUUCAACUUAAUUUGGAGAUUUCAGCUUCAACCCAGUGUAGGGUUUGACUUCUUGUUUUCUGGAUCUAGACACAGUCACAGCAUCUUUCUAUAGUAUUUAUCAAAGCCAGCCACGGUUCUGAGUUGUGGUGGAUCCAGUUGAGCACAAUUUGUGAAAUUCUGAAGCUUUGCAUUCGGUUAAGAUUUAGGGUUCUCGAUGAUUAAUUGAUUUUGUGGAGGGAGAGGGAAGAAACGCUAAUCCAAUCCAAUUGCAUUAAGCUGUCUAAUUUUGGAGCUGGGUUUGACAUUUUUGUGCUUGUGAGCUCUUUGUUGGGUCGCGAAAUUUGGUCAUGAUGGGAGCUCAGUCCAGCAGAAUGGGUAGAGGUGAUGUUCCAACACUGAUUAAAAUGGGUACUCAUUCGGUAUAUGCUGAUGAUUUGAGCUCUUAUGAAGCUGCAUGUGUUGAAGAUCCAAACCUGCAAUCAUUUGAUGCCACCAUUCAGGAGCGAACCAAUAGGGUUAUCAGCUCACUCGCUGAAGGGGUUGAGGUUCGUUCUAUGUCAGUUGAUUCGCUGAAAGAGAUGACCGCAAGCCUGCUUGAGAUGAACCAGGAAGUUGUCAAAGUCAUUCUUGAGUGCAGGCAAGAUAUAUGGAACAAGAAGGACCGGGAGUUGUUUUCCUUGGUCGGUGAUUUCUUUGAGAACAGUCUCCACACAUUGGACUUCUGUAAUGCCCUUGAUAAGUGCUUGAGACGGGCACGCGAAAGACAGAUUAUAAUUAAGUCAGCUAUUACCUAUUUUGAGGAAGAGUCACAAAAUGAGGUUGAAGGGUCAGUUUACCUGAAAACAUUGCAAGAACUUAAGAAUUUCAAGGAAGCUGGGGACCCCUUUACAGAGGAGUUUCAUCAGUUGUUUCAAUCAGUUUAUUCUCAGCAAGCAUCGAUGUUGAAAAAAUUGCUAAGUAGGAAGCACAAACUUGAUAAGAAAUUGCAAUCCCUCAAGACGUUGAAGAGAGUCUCAAAUGUCAUUUUUGUGGCUGCCUUUGUUUCUGUUUUGAUUUUCUCAGUGGUGGCAGCUGCGAUCUCUGCACCACCUGUUGUAGCAGCGGUGGCUGGUGCAUUGGCUGUUCCGAUUGGCUCGGUAGGAAAAUGGUGUAAUUCACUUUUUAAAAAGUAUGAGAAUGCUAUAAGGAGCCAACGAGAAGUAAUAAGCUCAAUGCAAGUUGGUACUCUCAUUACAUUGAAAGACUUGGACAACAUUCGGUUAUGUGUCGACAAACUGGAAGUGGAGAUCGAAUCCAUGUUGCAGAAUGCUGUUUUUGCUAUUGGAAAUGAGGAUGCCGUAAAGCUUGCGAUCGAUGAGAUUAAGAAGAGAAUUGAACAUUUUUCGGACAUCAUCGAGACUUUAAGUGAGCAAGCCGAUAAAUGUAGUAGGGAGAUAAGGAGAGCAAGGACAGUGGUUAUACAAAAGAUAAUUAAAUAUCCUGGUUGACAGCCCUUUUGAGGCAUUUGAACAUCAUCUGUGGAUAAAAUAAUAAUCAUGAGAAUCUCAAAGCUGGAUGAAGCCUAGGACAAUUGAUGGUGAAAACAUAUAUUCACCCUGACUUCUCUUAAGUUGGCUCUCCACUUGUAUGUAGUUUAUUGCUUCUUGUUUGGUGCAGAGAUGUAAAGUUAUUUAUGAUACUCAUUAUUAUGCAUGCAUUCUUGGCGACUUGAUGUUUGAGGUAUCUGUUGAUGGCAAUAGUUGCACAGUCUAGGAACCUUCUGCCGCUGCAUAUGCAUGAUUCUGGAACUUGUAAUUUUCUCUUUAGCAGUGCUUUGUGAUUCCAGAAUUCUAGUUAUUUGCCCGGAUUCAAGUAAGGAAAUGAAUAUAAAACCUGGCAGGUACCUGUGUUCAAUUCAGUAGUGUGUGUUUCUUAUGGAAUAAAUAUUAACCAAUAUCCACAGUUUCAUGUUAUUCUAUUUCCAAGUAGAAGCCCCUUGCUCGCAAGAGAGAGCAGAAUACUUUGCCAUAGUAUUUAGUAAAUGCAUAAUUCAUCUAUAUGCCUGAACCUUAGCUGAUACAUGCAUAAGUCCAUUUUCAUCUGGGAUGCAAUUUUCUUUAGGUUUAAAUUAAAGUAUUGUGCUGAGAUAUAUUGGUUCUUCAAUCUAUCACUAUAUUAAAAGUAGACAGUUAUUAACUUUGUCUCACCUUCCACCACCAGGAAUAAGUGCAAGCUGCCUGUUAGUAAUCUUCAAACCUCAUAAGUCAUGCAUAAUUUUCUACUAGGUGUCAUUUUCAGAUUUUUCACCAUAUCUCUUGUAUAUGAUAUAUUUUAUUGUUAAUUGCCCCUUUAUCUUUUAUAAUCAACAGUUAAUUGCUUUCAUACUCUUUGUUUAAUUCAAGUGUGCAGUUGUCCUUUAAGCUUUUGAUUUGAACAUAUUACCCGAAAUUCAUUGUUUGUAUUUUGCAAUAUUCGCCUUCAUAGUCAGAUGGUAGCAGGGUGAGGUGAGA